AGGAGGAGGAGGAGGAGGAGGGAAAGAGGAGAAGGAAGAAGAAGAAAAAGAAGAAACCACUACCUUCCCGGGAUUGCCUUUUUUUUUUCCUUAUCUUUACGCGCGCGUGUGCGUGUGGCGCGUGUGCGCCCCUCGUCCCUUCCAUCCGAACGCGGUCUUGGAUGUUUAAUAAAGAAAUCAAGUGUCUCAACAGUCACAAAAAAAAAAAAAAAAAAAAAAAAAAAAAAAAGCCAAAAAAAAAAAAAAAACAACAAAAAUUUCCAAAAAGCAAAAACAAAAAGAGAGAGAGAGGAAAAAAAAUCCAAAACAAACAAACAAACAAACAAGGCAGAACCAACCUCUACUUCAAUCCAGCCGGCACAAGCCACCCGUGUCUGCCACCCGGAGAGGGGGGUCUCUGGCCCGUGGUGGAGGAGUUGCAGGGGGGAUCGCCAGGGGGACAGAGGCCGAGUGACGCCCUAGGAGCCACCGGGCAGGAGGCGGAGGAGACCCAGAGAGGCGAGAGAGCAGCGGGCCCCGCGCGCGGCUCGGGGCUGGGGCGCCAGAAGUGGGACUGGAGCGAAGUAGAGCGAUGCCAAGGAGGAAACAGCAGGCACCCAAGCGGGCGGCAGGCUACGCCCAGGAGGAACAGCUGAAGGAAGAGGAGGAAAUAAAAGAAGAAGAGGAGGAAGAGGAGGACAGCCGUUCGGUAGCUCAGUUUCAGGGCAGCAAUGACCCAGGGACAGACGAGGAGCUAGAAACGGGCCCAGAGCAGAAGGGCUGCUUCAGCUACCAGAACUCUCCCGGGAGCCACUUGUCCAACCAGGAUGCAGAGAACGAGUCUCUACUGAGCGAUGCCAGCGAUCAGGUGUCGGACGCCAAGAGCGUCUGCGGUCGGGAUGCCUCGGACCAGAAAGCCGGCGUGCACCCCAAGCUGCCCAACGAAAGCCACAACUGCAUGGAUAAAAUGACCGCCGUCUACGCCAACAUCCUGUCGGAUUCCUACUGGUCGGGCCUGGGCCUUGGCUUCAAGCUGUCCAGCGGCGAGCGGCGCAGUUGCGACACCCGCAAUGGCAGCAGCAAGACGGAUUUCGACUGGCACCAGGACGCGCUGUCCAAGAGCCUCCAGCAGAACUUGCCAUCCCGGUCGGUGGGGAAGCCCAGCCUGUUCAGCUCCGUGCAGCUGUACCGCCAGAGCAGCAAGAUGUGCGGGACGGUGUUCACCGGGGCCAGCCGGUUCCGCUGCCGACAGUGCAGCGCCGCCUACGACACGCUGGUCGAGCUGACCGUGCACAUGAACGAGACGGGCCACUACCAAGAUGACAACCGCAAGAAGGACAAGCUGCGCCCUGCCAGCUACUCAAAGCCCCGGAAGCGGGCUUUCCAGGAUAUGGACAAGGAGGACGCCCAGAAGGUUCUCAAGUGCAUGUUUUGUGGCGACUCGUUCGAUUCCCUCCAAGACCUGAGCGUCCACAUGAUAAAAACAAAACAUUACCAAAAAGUGCCUUUGAAGGAGCCAGUCCCAACCAUUUCCUCGAAAAUGGUCACUCCAGCCAAGAAACGCGUCUUCGACGUCAACCGGCCGUGUUCCCCUGAUUCGACCACGGGCUCGCUGGCGGACCCGUUCUCCUCCCAGAAGCCUGCCGGCCUGCAGCUCUCCUCCAACAACCGCUACGGCUACCAGAACGGCGCCAGCUACACGUGGCAGUUCGAGGCCUGCAAGUCCCAGAUCCUCAAGUGCAUGGAGUGCGGGAGCUCACACGACACCCUGCAGCAGCUCACCACCCACAUGAUGGUCACCGGCCACUUCCUCAAGGUCACCAGCUCGGCCUCCAAGAAGGGCAAGCAGCUGGUGCUGGACCCCCUGGCCGUGGAGAAGAUGCAGUCGCUGUCCGACACCCCGAGCAGUGACUCGCUCGCUCCCAAGCCUUCGGGUAACUCUGCUUCCGAGGGGGCAGCCCCAACCCCCGAGCUGAAGAAAGAGGGCAAGAAGGAGAAACCGGAGGAGAGCAAUAAGGAUGAGAAAGGCAUGAAACGGGAGGAGUAUGACGAUCCCCUGCAAAAGCCUUUAGACCCCACCGUGAAAUAUCAGUAUCUGAGGGAGGAGGACCUGGAGGACGGCUCCAAGGGCGGAGGGGACAUUCUGAAGUCACUGGAAAAUACCGUCACCACAGCCAUCAACAAGGCCCAGAACGGGGCUCCCAGCUGGAGCGCGUACCCCAGCAUCCACGCAGCCUACCAGCUGUCUGAGGGCGCCAAGCCUGCUCUGCCCCUGGGAUCCCAGGUCCUGCAGAUCCGGCCUAACCUCCCCAACAAGCUGAGGCCCAUUGCCCCCAAGUGGAAAGUGAUGCCGCUGGUCUCCGUGCCCGCCAACCUGGCCCCAUACACCCAAGUGAAGAAGGAGCCGGACGACAAAGAGGAAGCCGCCAAGGAGUGCGGGAAAGAGAGCCCCCAGGAGGAGGCGUCGCCUUUCAGCCACAGCGAUGGGGACGCUUUCGCCAAAAACGAAACCCCGUCGGAAUCCAAGAAGGCCGAGCCUUGCCUGCUGAAGGAGGAGGCCAGGCUGGGGGAGGAGGGCGGCGAGCCGGAGAAACGCGCGCCCCUGGAGCCCGCGCCCUCUCUCAGCAACGGGUGCGCGCUGCCCCCGCGGGCGCCGGCCCUGCCGUGCAUCAACCCGCUCAGCGCCCUGCAGUCCGUCCUCAACAACCACCUGGGCAAGGCCACGGAACCCCUGCGCUCCCCUUCCUGCUCCAGCCCGAGCUCAAGCACAAUUUCGAUGUUCCACAAGUCGGCUCUCAGCGUCAUGGACAAGCCGGGCCUGAGUCCCGCCCCCACGCGGCCGGCCAGCGUGUCCAGGCGCUACCUGUUCGAGAGCAACGAUCAGCCCAUCGACCUGACCAAGUCCAAGAGCAAGAAAGCCGAGUCCUCGCAAGCACAAUCCUGCACGUCCCCCCCUCAGAAGCACGCUCUGUCUGACAUCGCCGACAUGGUCAAGGUCCUCCCCAAGGCCACCACGCCCAAGCCCGCCGCUUCCUCGCGCGGGCCCCCCGUGAAGCUGGAAAUGGACGUCCGGCGCUUCGAGGACGUCUCCAGCGAGGUGUCCACGUUGCAUAAGAGGAAAGGCCGGCAGUCCAACUGGAACCCUCAGCAUCUCCUGAUUCUGCAGGCGCAGUUCGCCUCCAGCCUCUUCCAGACGUCCGAGGGCAAGUACCUGCUCUCCGACCUGGGCCCUCAGGAGCGCAUGCAGAUCUCCAAGUUCACCGGGCUCUCCAUGACCACCAUCAGCCACUGGCUGGCCAACGUCAAGUACCAGCUGAGGAAAACAGGAGGGACAAAGUUUCUGAAAAACAUGGACAAGGGACACCCUAUCUUUUAUUGCAGUGACUGUGCCUCCCAGUUCAGAACGCCUUCUACCUACAUCAGUCACUUAGAGUCGCACCUGGGUUUCCAAAUGAAGGACAUGACCCGCGUGGCCGUGGAACAGCAAAGCAAGGCGGAACCAGAGAUCUCCCGGGUGUCGUCGGCUCAGAGGUCUCCGGAAACCAUAGCUGGCGAAGAGGACACAGACUCUAAAUUCAAGUGUAAGUUGUGCUGUCGGACAUUUGUGAGCAAACACGCGGUAAAACUCCACCUAAGCAAAACGCACAGCAAGUCACCCGAGCACCAUUCACAGUUUGUAACGGACGUGGAUGAAGAGUAGCUCUGCAGGUACGGGUUUGCUCCCAGGUGAUGGCCCAGUAGCCUUGCAAGGAACGUCCUGAUGGGAGAUGGGUCCGUGUAGAGGCAGCUCAUGUGUCUCGGUACCAAGAGGACUGUAGCCUGCUGGAAUAGGACUAUUGGUAUGAGAGACUAGAACAUAAGUCCUAAGUAUCUCACUGUCCCCCGGUUAGGGUCGGUGACGAGUAGCAGGAAAUGGGUUCAGAGACAUGGAGUUCACAGAGCCCCACUGCGUGGUACGUGACCUCCUUCCUGACCCAGGGCCCAGCUCUGAAGGUCCAGCCAAGGCUACACCUCAUUUUAAUUAAUACGUACGGACUCCCGUCACUGUCCCGUUCACCCCCUCGCCUUCCCAUAGCGAUGCUAAUGACUUAGAUCGGGAGCGAAGGGUGAGCUGCAGGACGAACCCUGUAGAGUGCCUGGGGGCAGCCGCUAUGCAGAGAUCGCUCCAUCAGCUCGUGAACUUUAUGAUUAUUAUUACUUGUAAUUCAUGCUUUUUGCAGCUUCCUUUCGGGCCGAUUGCUCCCUUCCCCUCCCGUCGCUCUGUUUCUUGCGUCCGUUAGGUCUGUUAGGAAAGAGCUGCUACCCCGUGUAGUCAGUCAGUCGGCAGGAAAAUAUGCUCUGCAGAACACGGAGGUCCGGAGGGAGGAAGCGCGUUUUCUUCUCUCGUCCUCUGGUUUGCUUUCAGAUAGACUAUCAGCGUCCACGUUUAACCAAGGUAGCUGAACUGCACACCCUUGAGUUUCCUUUACCUAAAGAAACAGAUGAGUUUCUGAACACCCAUUGCUGAUGCGCAUGGGGUCGGUCCCACAGCUUCAAGUUCAUCUGCGUCACGUAUCAUAGAAGUUCUGUGCCUUGUAUAGUCACCAGUGCCCAGACUCUCUAUGUCACCGCCAGGAAAGAGGACAGAAGCCAAGGUCAAAUACGUGGGCAGACUUGGCCACACCGGCCGCUUCCAGAUGUUUUCCAGGCUGGGUCCUUCACACACUCCUUUCAUCUCCUUUUUCUUUUUUUUUUCUUUCUUUUUUUUUUUUUCGUUUUUUUCUGUAUUUUGUCCACUUCCUUCUCUCAGCAUGAUACCCCCUACAUGCUAGGGGCCUCCACACACACUCAGGUUGUCCUCCUCCUCGGCCUCACCUCGGGCCCCACCCCGGACAGGGACCUGACUUGACUUAAAGCUUCCGCACGUUUGAGUCCAGUUUCCGUCACUCUAGGUGACCGAUUCGUUCUUUGGGUCACUUCGCAGUAAGAGCAUCAGCAGUCAGUGUAACAUAUAAGCCCUCACUAGCCCCUAGUGUCAGAGCUUUUGUUUCUAAAUAGGAGAUUUUUGGAUCAAGCCACAAAGGUCUGAGCCGUAGCCGAGUUCCAGGCAGAGGAGGGGUACUUCCGUGAUGUGGCUUCGGGCUCACCUCGCAGCCGGGGGGGGGGGGGGUUGCCAAGUGUGAGGAUGGUCAAGAGGAAAUAAAGGGUGAAAAUCUGGGACUGUCCCCUCACUAAGAAGAUCUAAGAGCUUCUGAUGAAAGGGGAUCCCAUCCUAUAACUAACGGCUCCUUGGGUCCAAAUGAAGACUGUUGUUUUGUUUGCAUGUUUUUAUCAUGAUAAUUAAAAUGUGUUACUAGCAGAUUCAUCUCUUGCUUUCCAAGCAUGAUCUGUUCAGCUCACACCAUUGAAAGAAAAGCCAAAAUUCAUCUAUUGAAUCUAUAAGUGAGCUUGGGGCUUGGCAACAUUCUAUUUAUUUGCUAUAUAACAUUUUAUAUCGUAUGUAACUUGCUAUUAUACUUUUCUGGUCCUUGAAAAAAAAAAAAAAGGGUGGAUAUA